AACAGUUAUUGUAAUGUGCGUCAACUUACGUCAACGCCCGGUUGUCAACGCAGCAAAACUGUCGGUCGAACUAGGACUCCGAGGAUAGCUAAGAUCGUUCCAAAAAAAGAUGUCGGGCAUUAGCAUUUACCGGUUGUCCAGUAAAGUUUCAAGACUCCACAGUCUGCGGCACUUUGGUAAAUCAAACAUACAAUGCAUAACAAGCUACAGAAGUUACUCCAAUGGGAAUGGUGACACCGAUCUGGUGGUUAUAGGCUCUGGGCCUGGAGGCUAUGUUGCAGCAAUCAAGGCUGCUCAGCUUGGAUUGAAGACUGUUUGUAUUGAAAAGAAUGCUACUCUUGGAGGAACCUGUUUGAAUGUUGGCUGCAUCCCAUCGAAGGCAUUACUCAACAAUUCUUACUAUUACCACAUGGCACAAUCAGACUUCAAAAGCAGGGGUAUAGAAGUUGGAGAAGUGUCUUUGAACUUAGAAAACAUGAUGGCACAAAAAGCUGGAGCAGUGAAGGCCCUCACAUCUGGCAUAGAUUAUCUCUUCAAACAAAAUAAGGUUACUAAGCUAGAGGGUCACGGCAAGAUAACUGGCCCCAACGAGGUCGCUGUUCUGCAUCCUGAUGGAAAAAUCAAAGAAGUUGUCAAAACAAAGAACAUAUUAAUAGCAACUGGCUCGGAAGUUACACCCCUUCCAGGAAUUGAGGUCGAUGAAGAGACUGUAGUAUCCUCAACUGGUGCUCUAAGCCUGAAAGAAGUUCCUAAAGAAAUGGUUCUUAUAGGAGGUGGUGUCAUAGGCUUGGAAUUGGGAUCUGUUUGGCAGCGUUUAGGGGCAAAUGUUACAGCAGUUGAAUUUCUAUCGCAUAUUGGUGGUUUGGGAAUAGACAUGGAGAUCGCCAAGAACUUCCAACGUACACUAAAGAAGCAAGGCAUAAAAUUCAAAAUGGAGACCAAGGUAACAAGUGCUGAGAGAACUGCAGAUGGUAUACAAGUGAACGUAGAAUCAGUCAAGAGUGGCAAGACUGAACAAAUUAGCUGUGAUACCCUGUUAGUAUGUGUAGGAAGGCGGCCGUACACAAGCAACUUGGGCUUAGAGGAUGUUGGAUUAUCUGUAGACAGUAGGGGAAGGAUACCUGUUGAUUCUAGAUUUGCAACCUCAGUUCCCAGCAUAUUUGCCAUCGGUGAUUGCAUUGAAGGGCCCAUGUUAGCCCACAAGGCCGAAGAUGAAGGCAUUAUCUGUGUAGAGGGCAUAGCUGGUGGCGCUGUUCAUAUCGACUACAACUGUGUACCCUCCGUCAUUUACACUCACCCUGAGGUAGCGUGGGUGGGCAAGACAGAAGAGCAACUGAAGGAAGAAGGAAUCAAAUAUAAGGUCGGCAAGUUCCCAUUCUCAGCCAAUAGCAGAGCAAAGACAAAUGCUGACACUGAUGGCUUGGUCAAGGUAAUCGGGGAUGCUGAAACUGACCGUAUGCUGGGUGCUCACAUCAUAGGAUCAGGAGCUGGCGAGCUAAUCAACGAAGCAGCAUUAGCAAUGGAAUACGGUGCAUCAUGCGAAGAUAUUGCGAGAGUAUGCCACGCCCACCCUACUUGUUCCGAGGCAUUCAGGGAGGCGAACCUUGCUGCGUUUUGUGGAAAAGCAAUCAAUAAUGUGUAAAAUAUAUCUUAGUAUGGACAGUUGUUAGCUUGUUUGCCAAAUCUAAUAGGGAAUAGUAGAAUUUAUAUAUUAUGAAGCAGCUCUAUAGAACAAGACUGAAUCUAUAUGCAUACCCAAUAUGAAUGUUUAUUUGAAGUCGGGCAUUCAUUGUGUUGUACGACUACGGCUGUCGCUGGACAAAUCCAAGCCCGCUCUCUGUAAACGCUAGACGACGUGACUCUGUCUGCUGAUUGUCGGUGGCAGUCUGAAAGGAUUGUCACGAAAAACGAUCUGGGUACGUGUACGUCGUCAUGUCGCGUUCUUCAUACAGUCGCGUCGGCAAUGAGUGCCCUGUGUUACACGAAGUUCAUUAUUAUUCAUAUACUUCAACUCCAGUGAAUAUCCCAACAAUAUGCAUCUAAUAACUUUGAAAUAAUAACUUUACUUGCUCUACAGAUUAAGUUUUUUAGCUUUGUUUUGUUCGUUCAUGUUUAAUUAUUCCGUAACGUUUUAUUCAACAAUGAAUACCUUGUCAUGGGACAAAACACAAAUUAGUGUGAAAAGAAAAGAGCUAAAAACAAACACUUUACACAUUACCUAAUGAAAAAGGAAGGAUGCCCACGGCACAUACUGCUGUUCAUCCGUGCAUGUUUUUUUUUUGUUUUUUUGUUUAAAUAUACAUGUAUCUGCUAAUGAUGUAUUCAGGGUGAAGAGGAAGACUUUAGGAUCCAUCCAGCCCUAUUUACAUCAGACCCUGACCCUCUUGCAUUUUCUGUCUUCAGCAUUCCCAUUUGUUUUAUCAAGCCAGGCACACAUUGUGUCGGCUGACAGUUGAACAACCGAUGAAUCUAUCUCCGCUCUAUGUGAACGCUUGUAGACACAAUGCUGUCUGCUGGUUGUCAAUGCAGUCCAAGUGGAUUUGUCAUUAAAAGCGACCAUCGACAUGGUGUGUACCAGUCUUCAGUUCCAUAUGUGGCAUGUUGCUAUUAAACCUGACAAUGGUGCAAAUUUAUUAUUUUGAGAAAAUCAAUAAUAUAAGUUUUGCCUCAAUAUUAGUUGAUUUAUGGGUUAACCCAAAAAGAUGCAAACUAUUCUAAAGCUAAUUUUAUAGACUACAUAAUGGUUAAAACAACUUAAAAUAUUUUUAGACUGUAUAGUUUGAGGUAUGGGUUCAAUAGGCAUAAUUCUUAAAGACCAAUUAAAAUGAUGCAUUUUGAGUUGCUGAUAAUUGAAGUAUUGCAUAUGUUUAUCAAAGGAGUAGUAAUAAAAUUCUUAUUUUUUGGUUUAUAAAUAUUAAAAAUUAGUAUUAAAAUUAAUUUAUUUUAGUAUCAAAUUAAUUUAUUUUAAUUAACAUCACAUACAGUAUGAACGUACAGUAUUGAGGUAUGGGAUAUGAAAAAGGCAGGAACUUCUUUACAUAAUCUACUCUAUGAUCAUCUGUUUGAAGAGUGUGUCACCUACCUUCCUUUACGACCUGGAUGUUCUUGAGCGUAUAAAAAAAAUAAUAGCAGAUGUGGUGUACCAUGUUGUAUGUUGAAUUGUAGCAUUGUUCUACAGAUAAAUAAAUCUAUUAAUUUCAAAUUUCA